AUGAUGUUCGUCCCUUUCACUGGGAUUGACAAUCACAAUCGGAAUGUCACACUUGGUGCUUCUAUUAUUGGUUCCGAAACAGCUGAGACAUAUAGUUGGCUACUUAAUGUGUUUAAGGACGCAUUUGGAUAUGCACCACGAGUAAUUGUUACUGACCAAGACCCUACAAUGAAGAGGGCUAUUGAGGAUGUUUGGCCUGAUUCAAGGCAUCGGUUAUGCAUGUGGCAUAUCAUGGAUAAACUUACCACAAAGGUUGGACCAACUAUUUGUACAAACACCGAUUUCAGGAAAAGGUUGUCUGCAAUUGUCUGGACGGAUUCUUUAUUGCCUGAAGCGUUUGAGACCGAAUGGGCGGCUGUAUUAAAUGAGUUUAACUUAUCCGACCACGAAUGGCUCAUAUAUAUAUAUGGGCUUCGUGAGUCAUGGAUCCCAGCGUAUUAUCGUGAAGAAGAAAUGUCGGGUCUUAUGCGCACGUCUUCCCGAUCCGAAAGAGAGAACCAUUUCUUUGGUAAGAUUUGCAAUCCCAAGUGUACUUUGGUGGAGUUUCUCAGCCACUUCGACACGGCUGUUGAGGCCCAAAGGCACGAGCACCGUAAGAACGACCACGAUACCCGUUAUACUUCGCCCGAUAUAUGGAAUCCUGAUUUUGUUCUUGAGAAACAAGCAUCCGAGACAUAUACCAGAACGAUUUUUUUUGAUGUUCAAUUGGAAAUUCAACACGGUAUUCGCCGGUGUGCUAGCGUCAGAUUAGAGCAUAUUGCUGAUUUUAUCAAGUUUUAUGUCAAGGAUCUAGAUCAGCCAACAACUGCAUUUUAUGAGGUCAUGAUACGUGAGGAGGACGUUACAGUUAAAUGCAGCUGUAACAGGUUUGAGCAGUUUGGGCUAUUGUGCAGUCAUGUUUUUUGUGUUUUGAGGAUUCUUGAUGUAAGGGAGUUUCCUAGACAAUAUAUUUUGAGGCGGUGGACUCGCGAAGCAGUUCCAAAUAGUUCACCCGGGUCCAUCCUUACUGAUGGGGGCAAUCCAGAUCGGAGCGUUGAGGUCAACCAGUGCAUUCGUGAGAUUAGUAAUGUAACCGAGUAUGUUAAAAAUAAGUUGGUAUCCAAGUUUGACGAGAUGUGUAAUUUUCGUGACCACAUCAAGCAGUUUAUGUCAGUUGCUGAUGACGCUCAGUUUGACGCCCCUCCUAAGUCAAGACGUAAUAGGUUUGCCGAACUACUUGGUGUUGCUCCUACGGAAACGGCGACUAUUCGUGUUCCUAUUGGUACUAGGUUUAAGGGCUGUGGAUCACAUAAACGCAUGAAAUCUAAAAAGGAGCAAGCUAUAAGUCAAGCUGGGAAGAAACGUAGGCGAUGUUCAAAGUGUAAGAAAUUUGAUCACAAUAAUCGCACAUGCGGAAAAUAUAAUGUGAAAGAAAAGGAUGCAAGCACUUCAAAGAAGGUGGAUGUUGGUGCUGAAGACGUAGAAGAUACUGAUGGAGAUGCUGGAACUAGCUCAGAUGAUGGGGAUGAUGUGUUUUACACAUCAGAAACAGCUGAAGAUGCAGAUGACGAACAGAUGCUGGAGUAG